AUGAGUCCCUCGGCGCGCCAUCCCAAUCCCUCUCGCGGGGCAAACGCGGAGGUUGACGCGGUGUCGGCGACGAUGCCGCGACCUACUCCAACUUCUGCAUUUGUGCGGAGCGUCGUUGGCUCCUCCGGGCCUUUUCCUUCGCUGUCCGCGGCAGCCUCGGCGGCGCCAACCUCUUCGCGUGCUGCCUCGUCUGCCUCUCGUCCAUCCUCGUCUCCGGCGCUCUCGCCUCGCUCUGGCAGGCGGGCGGCGUCGCGCGCCUCCUCCGCCUCUCCCGCCGCGCCGCCCUCUGCAGUCGCCUUCGCCCGGCAGAUCGCGGCCGCGGCGAUCGGCUCUUCGCUGCGCCGUGCGCCUUCCGAGGUGGUGCCACCCCCGGCGGAAGACGCUGACUUCCUCUCCAGUCGUCUCGGCUUCGCCCCGCGCUCCUUCCGCGAGAGACUCCUCGGCCUGCAGCCGCCGCGCCGCGCCGAAGUAAACGGACGAAGUGCCGACGACGCCCCUCGGCGCUCGGUCUUUGCUCCGCUCUUCUUCCCGCAGGGCGGCAACCCCCGCAGGGCCGUGCAGCAGAGACGCGAAGCUUCGCUCAGGGGUCGCGCCUCCAGAAGUUGCUGGGAGCCUGAGGACGACGACGGCGGCAUGUUGAUCACGCGCUCCAACCCACUGCCGGGCAUGCGCCACUUCUCAGAGAUUCCGCCGCCCGCGGUCGGUUCGCUGCGAUGCUCCGCAGAGGCGUCUCCCAGCCAGGCGGUGUCAGCCUCGACUGCAGCGCCGGUCGGCGGCUCGUCGCGCACAGUGCCCGCGACGGAGGCGGAGAGGGCAGAAACCGGCUCAUCGCGUGGCGACGCGGUCGCGGCGCCGGGGCGCGACGAGGACGGUGAGGAGGCGGCCGCGGCGACCAGCCAGUCGAGCGCUUCUCUUCCGCCUGGCGCUUCUUCUGCGUCUCAAGGGGGUUCCUCCUCGGAGAGCGAAGACGCUGUGGCUGCGGCUGUGCGCGUGGCAACGGAGGUCUUCGAGUCGCGCUUUGCCUCUGCGCCGCGGAGCUCAAGCUCGCGGGCCCUCUCCCCCCUGCACGCGCGCGUCUUCGCCGACCACCCGGGCGCGGAGUCUCUCCUUGGAGGCGCCGCCGUCCCGCCGCGCCUCUUCCUCACGAGCUGGCUGCUGCCUCGCGCAGGCUUCGAAGGGCACGAAGGCCCUGAACGCGUCGGAGGCGAGGCGUCUCGCGUGCUGACUGCUGAGGCGGGUCCCCCGACUCCUGCCCCCGCGCUGCCGCUCUCCUCGCCUCCGCCUGCGUUUUCUGUUCCUUCAUUCGCCUCUCUCCUUUCCCGGUCCUCUGCGUCAGUGCCGACGGCGCCCCCUCCAGCGUCUGCGGCGCCGCCUUUAGCGGACGCCUCGGCGGCGCGGCCGUCUGCGCAGGCGCCUGUUGCGGGUGUGUCUCCUGCCUCGCCUCGGAGUGCGUCGGCGUCUGCCGCGCCGACUUCCGCUGCGCCGUCGCCUCCGGCGCCCCAGGCGUUUACGCCUGCUCGCGUGUCGAUAUCGCUGUCGCUGCCGCCCGAGGCUUUCACUUUCCUCCCGUCCAUGUUCUCUUCGAUUGCGGUCUCCCUGUCUUCGCCAGCUGCGGGGACUUCCGCGCCUCGCUCCGGCGGCGCGCCGCCGCCUCCAAUCUCUGCCACGCAGCCUGCUUCAGGCGCAGCCGCUCCCCCGCAGGCGCCUGCCGCUUCUGCGGCGGUGUCUGUGGGGCGCCUGGAUCGCCAGUUGCUGAUGCGUCAGUCGGAGUUGAUUCUCUUUCUUCGGCUCCACGGGCUCGGGGGGCGCGACCGUGACGCCUCCGUCGGCUUUGCGUUCCCUUCCACCGCGGAGGGCCUCGAGAACCUCCAACGGCGCUCGUCCGCCAUCGCCUCUGCGACUGCGCGCCUCGCGCAGGCCCUCUCCCGCGCAAACGAGAGCCGACAAGGCACAGGCGUACGGGCAGCCCUGGGCGCCGCCGCAGCGACCGCAGCGGGCGACGACAGCGGCGCCGCGGCCGCCGUGCGUCCCGCGCCCGGUCUGCGGUCGCCGGAGACGGCAGCGGGGAGACUCGAGGCGACCAGCGCGGAGUCCGCGCGGGCGAGCCCCCGGGAGGUGGAGAGGUCGAACGUCCCCGACCUGAAGGCGCCAGCGGGGAGGGCGUCGAGGAGACUCAACUUCGUCCCUGCGGAAAUCGCAGUGGUGAACGCUAAGAGACAGCAAAGGACACUGGACAUGCUGUCGCAGGAUUACCUGCUCAUCGCUCUACACGCCGCAUUUCUCUCGCUGCACUGGCGCGUGCCCAGUCGCUUCCCGCAGCUGCUGCUGUCGGUUCCUCCGCGCGACGCAGAGCCCUCCGAGGUCGCGACAGACGCGCCGGGCGGCCGAAAGCUGUCCGCGGCUGACGCAGGUCGUCUAGCUGCAGGUGCUGGCGAGCAAGGCGACCCCAGGAAGGCGCGCCAGGGCGCAGAGGAGGCGAAGAAGGCCACGACGGAGAGCGGGGGCGGGAGAGGAGACGGGAAGCCGGCAGGGGGCUGCGGCGCACACGCCGUCACCUGUGCCCCCUGUGGAGCGACGCCUUCCGCGCAGUCCUCGAGCAGUGUCGCUUCGCAAGCUCAGACGUCCCUCCGCUCGGCAGACCCUCCGGAAGGUGGAGGCUCGACCGAAGUCGGUGCUGCGCCGGAACGCGCCGCUGCAUCGGCUGAUUGUUCAGUUUCGCGGAGCUCAGGUUCUUCUGCUGCGAGGCGUCGGGUCGCAGAGUCGUAUUUCCUGCGGACGGCGGCUGGCGAGUUCGUGCCCGUGUCGGCGGCGGCCUUCCGCGCGUUGAAGCAGCAGGAAGAAGACAGCGAGGCAUCCGCCCUGGCUGUGGAGGCGCCAGGCUCGGGCGCAGCGGCCGCAGAGCGCGGCUGGCCAUGCGCGCUGCUUCCCCCCGCGAAGCGGCGAUGCUUCGUGUGCAGAGGCCGCCUGGAGGAGUGUUCCUGCGCGCGAUUCUCUCCCCGACACGUCCUGCUCGCGAACGACGAACCGACGCUGGCGCUGACGCUUCUGCUGCUGCUGGAGGCCUCCCCGACGCGCAGCCUCACGAUGGCGGAAGUCGACUCCGUUCUCUUCCUGCCCCGUGGCGUGAUUCGUUGCGGCGCGGACGAGGCCAACCAAGGCGAAGCCUUCUGCUCGGUCUUCCCUCUGUCCACCGACGACGUCGGCUCGGCUGGUCUGCCACGCACCGAGCCAAAGAAGCGGAAAACGACUGCCUCUCACCUCGCUUCGGUGUCUUUUACGUCGCCGCCCGCGGCCUCUUCCUCAAGUUCGUCUUCGCUUGCUGAGUCCUACGCCGCCGCGGACGUCUCGUUCCUGCGCGACCAUUUCCGCGCCGUCCCAGAUCCCGAGCUCGCCCACGCCGCGGCGACGAUUGCCAACUUGGAUCGCCUGCGGCGCCGCGGGAAAAUCGACGCGGGCUUCGUGGCGGUCUCUGAGGACCGAGUUCGGCUUAUAUGCGAAAACCGCGAGCUGCUGCGGCGCAAGCUGGAGGCUCACUUUGGCGUCUCGCUCGCUCCUCUACUGAGCCGCCCCGCGUCGGAGGCGUCUGGGGGCCCUCGUCGAGGCACCGGCAACCGGAGGGAGGAUCUGGGCGGCGCGCGCGCGGGCGGCGCAGCCCCUGGCAGUCAACGCACAGCGGAGACGCCUGCCGACGGCGCGCGGACUGCAGAGGCCAGCGGAGAACCGCGGGCGAAAGAGACGCCUGAUGCGGAACCGUCGGACGCUUUGAAGGUUGGGCACACUAGGGACCGCCCGGGGGUUUGCUGUGCCGGCGGAGACGCGCGGGAGCGGGAAAGGCGCCCAAAGAAGCGGAGCCGAGAAUGUGUGGAGCCGGACGCGGAUAGGGACAUCUCAGGGACUCGGCGCAGCGGUCCAGGGCACGAUGGAAAGACGAGACAGAGAGGAGAAUGCAAGGGGGACGACGCGGCGGGGCCUGAGGCGCGAGACGGCAAGCCCGCGGUCCGAGCGGUCUCGAGGGUUGGUCACGGGAGAGAUGAACUAGGCGCCGAGCGGCUCGUAGUUGAGAUUCCCUCCGCCGACGGCGCCGCCGCCGAGCGGAAGCGCAAGCGAAAAGGAGCGAGAGAAGAAGAGAGGCGGAAGAAGCGGGGCAAACUCAGCGAGACCCCAGAGCCCGGGGACUUUGCGAAGCUCGCCGGCGACGCCCCUCUUCGUGCGGCCGUGCCUGCGCCGCCUUGCGAUGACGCUGCGUCUUGCACUUCGUCGCCGCUCUCGGCGUCGUCUUCUCUGUCGGUCACUUCCUCUGUCUCUUCGGCGCCAGUGACACCUUUCUUUGCCUUCGGCCUGCGCAACGCCCUGCGCCAGGCUCGGCGCUCUCUGUCUCGGCACCUGGUGCACUUCUCGUCGGCUGCUUCAUCCUCCCCCGCAGACGCUUCCUCGCCUGUCUCUUCGUCCUCUUCGCCGCUCCCCGCCGCGUCUGCAUCGCCUCUCGUUUCCUCCGCUUCGCCCUGGUCGGCUCGGUUGCCCGGCUCGGAGCCUCGGAGAUCGCCAGCGAAACGGCGCCUCCCCGCGGCUGGCGCAGGAUACUCCUCGCCCCCAGGCAAGGCGCUGCAACGCGACGGAGGCGCAGCGACUCAUACGAAUCGUCCUUGCGGCUUCUCUGUGGGCAGUGCCUUCGCUGCCCUGUCGCGGUCUCCCAGCCCUCCAGAAGACCUCACGUGCGCGCCGGAUGCCGCCUCCGUGAAGCCAACCGCAGCAGCCGGCGCGCAGAGCGACUCCACGGCCUGCGCGUUCGCGUCUGCUGAGGCGCGCGUGGGCGGCAUGAGCCCGCCGAGGCUCGCGGCCUCCCACGAGGUUGGCAUUGAGCACCUCGCGCCGUUUCUCGAGCGAAAGCGGUGUCCCUCGUUAACUGUCCUCGACCGAGGCAACAUAUCGAUUGCGAUCCUACCCAAAUACCUUCACGACCACUUGCUGGGCGCAGCGCCCGCGGGAGAAGACACCGCCGCGCGAGGAAGCAGAGACAACUUUAAGACGGCAAACAGCUGCGAGUACAGCUCAGUUAGCGACGAGGCGAAGGACGGCGAUCCGGAUGAACGCCAAGGAGACAGGUCCGCGGAGACUGCGCCAGCCGCAAGCCGCGGCCCGUCGGGCUCGUCUGCCACCGCCGCGCUGUCAUCCCCCGAGGCCGGUCGCCCUGCCAGCUCCGCCGCGCCCGCGGGUCAGCUUGGCAGUUCUGCUGCGGCAGCGCCUCUCGCGUCGUCGUCUUCAGCGUCUUCGUCUGCAUCUGCGCUUCUUGCCUUCUCGACUCGCGCGGCGGAGUCUCUGCUUCGAGGCGCCGUGGGCCACUUUCUGGGCACGUCUGCCGGCCGCGCAUUGUCUGCAUCGCCGCACGCUGUUGCUGCCUCUUCUCUCAGUCCUCUCACGUCGGCCGGCGCAACCGCCGGCCCGCCGCCCUCGGUGUGCGCUGCACGUUCCUGUCCGAGUACAGGUCGACGACGACCGGCCGCCGCGCAGGAAACGGAGGAUGACGCGACGGAGGGGAGCGCGACUGGGGGCGACGCAGCGACAGCGCAGGGCGACGAAGAGAGACCCGGAGACGGCGCGCCGGCGCGCGAGGAUGGGACAGUGACCAGGCGGUCGCGCGCGGGUCGGUGGUGGUUUGUCGGCGGCAGACGAAGAGGCGAAGCGACUGAGGCGGAGGCGAGAGACCGCGAGCAGCCGGGAAGGGACGGCGACGGCAGCGACAUGGCGAGGCGACUGAGGGAUCUCGACAGCCAGGAUUCCCCAUCACAGCGAAGCGGCGCCGACCGCCUGCACACGCUGCUGGAGUCGCUGAUGGCCGACGUGUGGGGUCGGGGCGCGACCGCGGAGGACACAGGCGGAGGCAGGCCUUUCGGGCGAGAGGGCCGAGCAGGGGCCCUGAGACAAGCCGGAGACCGCCGCGAGCCGGCGGAGCGAGAGGCAACCGACGUGGACGACGGCGCCGCGACGACGACGACUCACCAGACGGAUGACGCCACGUCCGCGGACAGAGGUCGCCAGAGGGGACUUACGCCCCACGCGUCACGCAGGGGCGCGCUGUCCCCGGACGGGCUCGCGGGAAGCGAAGAUCUCGAGGCCCAGGCCGAAGGAGAAUUCACUUUUUCGGACGCCUCAGAUGCUUUCGCCGGCGAGGGCACCAGCAGCGAGACCGACAGCGACGCUGGCGAUCUCGACGAGGACGAGGUAGAGGGGCGUGAAGAGCCGUGGGAGUUCCCUUGGACCCCGGACGGCAGCGUGAGCGCCGGAGGAGACUCCGAGGAGAGUGGUGAAGACGCGCCGAGCGAGGAAGAUGCUCCCAAUGGGUUUGGGGACGAUGAAGAUGCUUUCGAGGAACCAGAAGACGAAGGCGGAACUAACAUGUGA